GAGAGCGUUGAAGACUGAAAAAGAAGAGAGGCCACGGCAUGUUUUUCCUUUCGAAUAGUUCUCGACAGUAGUUGUUGCAAGGAGUCCGUUCGUAGGACAUGUGGCUUUGAAUGCAAAGCCCUCGCUCUCCAGGGAUCAGCAUUUCCAGGAUAGAAAAAAACGAGUUUCCAUUGACCCGAAGAAGACUGAUUCCUUCCUAUUGGAGGUCCAUUCAUUCAGUGCUUACAGAAUUGCAGUGUGGGCAUUGGCUUUAAAAGGCAAUAAUAUACUGUCCUGAAUACAGGGUUGAGUGCUUGAGCAUCGAAGAAGGGUUUCUCGGUUGGUUGAGCGAGGUUUGCCUAAAAAAACGAAAAAAAUACAAUGGUGCCUCACUUCUACCAAUGCUUGAGGCUCGCUCUGAGGCCUAAGAAGUAGUCAUCCAUCAGAGGUUCCUCGCCCUCGAUUUGUCCGUCAAUCUUCUUGGAAAAGUCAAGAAGCCAAUACAGAAAGAAAGUGCUCUGUCGAUAAUUUCUUCAAUGUUCUUUCGUCUCAACAGUAUUCCCUGUGCAACUUGAAAUUGUACGCAAUGUUGUACACUUCACCCGAUCGUGGCCAGACCUCAGGCGAGCAGCUAUGCCUGCAUUUUCUACUUUGUAGUGUGCCCGCUGAGGGGGAGAAAAAGUGUUUGUUCCUUUAACAAAAAGAGAUCGUUAUCCACAUUUUUUCCCGUCAUAUACUCAAGAAACUCGCCAAAAGAGGGGGGUCUCAUUGAUUUUUUUGGGUCCCAAAGUGUACUGGAUCACAACGGUGCGUGAAAACGGAGGAUCCCUCACGUCAUCCUCAUCUGCUAUAGGUGCCCUCCUCUCUCUAUUUCCCUUCCCCCCCUUUUAGCCUGUUUCGGUUCCAAGGGCCUCUUUCUCAAAUUUUCCCCUUGGCUUGACUCUUUCGCAGUGGUCGGUGUCGUCUUCACUUAAUGGGUAAUAACACGAGGUUCCAUACCCUUAAAUUACUGGUGGAAAUUGAUAUCCGGUUCAGGAGUCCCAAAGAAAGACGGCAGGAAUUCACCCCGUUUUAGGACCAAGGAAGUGAAACCGUGAAAAACCACACUCGGAAUAUCCGAUUGAGAAUGAAAGGUUUCUAUGGGCUCCCUAGGGUGGAACAAUGAGCGCGAAGAAGAGCUCCAUCUGAGGAAUGAUCUAGAUUUGAGUAAGCUUUUGGCAUAUGGGGUGACUCGUCUUGGCAGUCCACCUCAAGAGGAUCGGAAAGACCCGUCUAGCGAGCGAUAAGAUGAAUGUCCUUAUGCUCAUCGAAGACCAAAGACCGCUAAUGGGCGUCCUGGCCAAGAGCGGAGUUGAUGAUGUCCAUCCUCCACGUUCAUGAGUGCUUUCGCUCAUGGAGCCCCUGGCAAGCAAAUGGAAUUAAGUGACCCACAAAUCCUUGCAGACUCUGACUGAGUGAGUUAAUGAUGCGCGGGGAAGACGAGGUCAUGAGAAGACUGUCUGUGAUAGUUCUGAUUGUGCUCUCCACUUGCUUGGGAGGCAACCAGGCCGAUUUUUCGGACCAGUGCCCGGCAGCAUGCAAUUGCAAAUGGGCCAAUGGCAAGCGGGAGGCCGACUGUACCAAUGCUGGCUUCACCGCCGUUCCCACGCACCUUCACCAUGAGAUCCAGAUUUUGCGAAUGAGCGGCAAUUACGUCCGCAAGUUGGGGAAGGAUGUGUUCAAGAACGUCGGACUUUUGAACCUCCAACGGAUCUUCAUGAAUAAUUGUCAUGUCCAGGAAGUUCACGUGGACGCUUUCAAGGACCUGAAGAUCAUGGUGGAACUGGACCUUUCUCAUAACAAUAUCACAUACCUGGCCCCAAACACGUUUCAUGGUAAUGAACGCCUACAAACUCUCUCCGUGAACCACAAUCAAAUCGGCGCCCUCAACUCAUAUCAGUUCCCCGAUCUACGCCACCUGAAAACUAUCGACUUCAGUCAUAACUUCAUUGAAGACGUCGAUCAAAAGACCUUUCUCAAUCUGGGAGCCUCGGUCGAAUCUGUCCAGUUCAACAAUAAUCAACUCAAGACCCUAGGAGAGGCCGUGUUCCUGCCCCUGACCAAUCUCAAAUCCCUUCAGCUCCACAGCAAUCCGUGGGCAUGUGAUUGUAAGCUGAAAAAUUUCCGGGACUGGGUGGUCCAACGAGGCCUUUACACCUAUCCCACGGCGUGUGUCGAGCCGGAACGUCUGACUGAGAAAUUGUGGAGUGAUGUGGCGAACAAAGACUUCGCUUGCAAGCCCGAGAUCCACGUGCCCCAAUCGGUGGUAUUCUCGCAACCCGGUGCUAAUGUGACGUUAAGUUGCUACAUAGCUGGAAGCCCCCGGCCGGAUGCGAAAUGGGUACUCAAGGGACGGAUCGUGAAUAAUAACACCAUUCCAGCGGGGGCAUCCAUUUCCGAAGGUCAACAGUUCCUCAUUCAUGAGGAGGGUGAGCUUGAGAGGUGGUUCAACCUGACCAUCACCAAUGUGGGUCUGGAGUCCGUGGCGGAUUACACCUGUGUGGCUGUGAAUGCUGGAGGGGUGAUGGAGGAGAACAUUUCCCUUACUUUUGAGGAACCGGAGCCGGUUGGCUUACCAGGGGGAAAAAAGGAGGAAUCCAACCUGGCCAUCAUCAUUGGAGCAGCUGCGGGAGGAUUCCUAUUUGUCUUUGUUCUCUUGCUCAUGCUUUGUUGCUGUUGUUGUCGGCGAAGAAUCAAGCAGCACUCCUCAACGCCCAGUUCCGCAUCUCGGACCCCCGAGCGUCACGGGAGCGUUAUCGGGUUUGCCGAUUCCAAUUCCAGUCAACGCUUGAUUCAGCAUCAUAAUAACCAUCAUCAUCAUCAACAUCAACAUCCAAUCCCUCCAAUGGCCAUCAGUGGUGAAUAUUCUCAGCAGGCUAUGUCUCCGUCGUCUGGCUCUCCAACGGCCUCGUCCUCUACCUCAGUUCCGUCGUUGCCGUCGGGUGUUAAUGGCAUGAUGGGUCCGGGCGAUACCAUGUUUGGUCGGCAACAAUCCAUGUCGAGAAUAGCGGAACUGCCUGGAAAUGUCACCAAUCAUCACUAUCACCAUCAUCAAGUGUCUUCCCCGUCAGAAAACAGUGCCCAAGUUCAUAUCCACGAGCUGGAACUACAAGACAUGCGAGAAAUGCGACCCAAGCAAGUGAUGGUGUCCUCAAUUGGAGAUACCAAUUACGAGUCUGGGAUCGUGGGUGAUGCAGCUGACCACUAUCCCGAUCUAUUGAACAUUCCUCAUCGCUACCAGGCCACUUCGCCUCCGUCAUCUAAACCCCAGCCUUUGAACCCUGCGGCACUGGUUGUCCCACCCACACCACCAUUGAAGUUUCCUCACCAAUUCCCACACCUGAUCCACUCCAACCGAUCGAACUCUUCCAACAGUUUGCCUCAAGGCCCGUCUCGAUCACAUUCGUAUGAGACGCAUCCUUCUGGGAGCCAAACUUUACUCAGCCCACCCGCCCAAUUCAACACAACACAGCAGAUGCGGGAUUCCCUGGCCUCCAUGGCUCCUGGCUAUGUCACUCUUCCUCGGAACAAUCGACCCCUGCAAGCACCAGGCAGCGGCCAGCAUGUGAAUUGGGACACUUUAGGCUAUUCGAAUAUGCCCAUGUUCAAGGGCGAGGAAGAUGAUAGGUGCCCUAUAUACGAUGGUGUGGGUCCUCGUACUUCAGCCAUGGGUGGAACGGGGAGCAGUAUGAAGCAACAACAACAACAACAGCACCUCCAGCAUCAACAUCAUCAACAACAACAACCACUGACAAAUCCAGAGAUGACCGCCAACUCCUCCGCCUCAAAUGCCUCCAAGUCCCUGCAAUUUACGCUUAAUCGACCAUGCCCUACAAUCCCAGAAGAAGUCCUAGCACCUGGUGGACUAAGGGAUGGCUCUCCUCAGCAAAGAGAUUCCUCGGGUAGUGAGGUCACCUUGGGCGAGGAUGGGCUGGGUGGUUUCUGUGAGCCAUUCGGGAAAGCCUUGCCACCUUCAGUGAAUCGCGCCAAGAACCGAGACUCCAUUGCUUCAUCCGCUGACUCAGACAUGGAUGGUCUCUUGGGCAAUACCAUAGAUCGUUGUCCUCUUCACAAAACUCAUUCCGUGCCAAAUCCGACUUAUACAUCUGGUAAACAGCAACAGCCUUUGCCCCCCAAAGGCGGCAGUGGUGGAUCCAUGAACUCCACAUCUGGAGGUGAAGUCAAGCAAUUGAAGGGUAUCCUUAAGGGCGGAUCCCUAAACAAGAACCCCAUUACGAUCAGGACUGGGCUACCCAUCGAGGUUUCUUCCUCUUCCAACUCAAGUGGAACAUCCACUCCAGCCAAUAUCGCUGCCUUCCACCCCAUGCCAGAAGGCUCUCGGAAUGCCAAAGUAUCCAAGAACCUCCCCAAACCCAGAUCAUCUUCCUCCUCGUCCUCGUUGGGUGGAGGUCGCCGAGGGGGAAAUGAUAUCGAAGCACUGAAUGUUUGAAGGAAAGAGAAAAGCGAGAGGGUACCAACCAAGUGGUUGUUAGUAGUGGAGAGCGGAUGGAAGAAGAUCGAGCUAGAAUGGUGCACAAUAACUGUCGGUGGAACUGGCACUUCCUUCCAGUCAAGACAGAGGAGCAAUUAUCUUUUACAUACACUCCCUCUCCUCUGUUCGAUAAUACAAACAGGCAUCUCUA